AUGGGUCUCAGAUCCGGUAAGACAAGUAAGAAGGGCAAUAGAUUAGUGGUAACCUCGCUUGUGUUGUUUAGUGUCGUUUUGCUUAUCCUGUACAGUGUCGGUAGCGAUGAGUCGUUUAUGAAUUACAAGCAGUUUUCGCUUGGAACUUUGCAGAUUGGUGCCGAAGAUGAUUCUGAUGUAAGUGCACUACCAAGUAUUGAUGGUAGCAUUAGUAGCAUUAGUAGUGGAAUCAACUAUGCUUCUACGAAUAUUGCUGCAGAUUCUAUUGUGGAGGAGAAACUUGUGAUCAACGAAGCUGAAGGUACUAAGCGGAUGGAACUACGUAAACACAAGGUCCUGUCACCUAAGAUGACGGCUCCUCUGGAAUCCGAAGUAGCACCGGUAAUAGUUGAACACGGCGGAUCCAGUGGAACUGGUGGAAUCACUGUUAGUAAUGAGCGGUUCAGUCCAAGCUUAGGAUUUCAGCAGAUCUUGAAUACUUCGCCAGUGAUUCUUUUCAUAAAAUCUUCUGAGAAAAACUCUGUGGAUUUGAAGAAUGUUUUGACGUUAGAGUACACUUUUUCUCCAGAGAUUAUUGUUGUUGACUUGGACAAACAUCAAUUUGGUGACUCUAUGCAAGAAUAUAUCCAGUUGAAUAGGCUAGCAACUUAUAAAUCAAACUAUGGAGAAUCUUCGAAAUCUCCUGAUGUCCCAUAUUUAUUCAUUAAUGGCGUUUCCUUAAUCAACAAAUCUUUGAAAGACGAUAUAUUGAACAAGCAUGCAGACGGGUCCCUUCUAUCAAAGCUUAGACACGUUGCUGAUAGUAAGGUAUCUAUUUCAAAGGUGGAUAUCCCAUCCAACUCUUGA